UGGAUAGUUUUGAUCGCUGUUAGCUGAACCGGGGCGUUUGUUUCGGAAUCUUGCCGGUGGACGGUCAAAAAAACUAUGAAAAGGCACCAACUCUGCAGCCAGAGAGAGAGAGAGAAUCAAAUCGAAUCGAGUCGUAAGCAUCCACUACCGAGUAAACCACUUGCGGAACUGGGAAGGUCGUGAAUGAAUUUUCGUAUUUUAGGGUUUACUGAACUGCAGAUUCCAGGUCCUAAAUUUGUAGUCACCUAGCCCCUGUUUGUCUCAGACAAGAGAAAGCGGACGGUUUUGAGAGAUGGGUAACUUGUUAGUCAAGAAACCAAAGGUCACGGAUGUUGACCGAGCAAUUCUCUCGCUCAAAACACAACGCCGGAAGCUUGGGCUGUACCAACAACAGCUUGACACUGUGAUUGAAGCAGAGAAGCAAGCUGCAAGAGAUUUGAUUCGUGAGAAAAAGAAAGAUAGAGCCUUGCUUGCACUGAAAAAGAAGAAGGCCCAGGAAGAAUUACUGAAGCAAGUUGAUGCAUGGAUCAUUAAUGUAGAGCAACAAUUAGCAGAUAUUGAACUAGCAAGCAAGCAGAAGGCUGUUUUUGAAAGUAUGAAGGCUAGUACUAGUGCUAUUAAGUCUUUGCAAAGUGAGAUUAAUUUGGACGAUGUUCAAAAAUUGAUGGAUGACACAGCCGAAGCAAAGGCUUAUCAAGAUGAAAUCAAUGCAAUACUGGGGGAGAAACUAUCAGCAGAAGAUGAAGAAGAAGUUUUAGCUGAAUUUGAGAACUUGGAAGCAGAGCUCACUGUUCAGGAUCUUCCAAAAGUUCUUGCUUCUGAAGAAACAAUUCAGGCAAAGAAGCCAGAAAUAGCUAAACCUAAGACAGUUGAGGACAAUGACAUUGAUGAGGAAUUGGUGCUUCCAGAUGUGCCAACAAAGGCUCCUGUUGUUCCUGAGGUGGUUGAGGAUGGUAGUGAGAGUGCUUCAGUAGGGAUAUCCACAAGAAGAAAAGUCUUGGAGGAACCUUUACCUGCUUGAUGGACGAACAAAUUUAGAAUUGGUUAUUGCUGCAUGUUGACUGAAAGAUUUGCCCUCCGGCGCAGUUUGAUCAUGGAUGUACCAUACUAUUGCAGAACUUUUAGUUGUAUUGAUUCAUAUCCCUUCCUUACUCGGGAAUCAAUUCUUAGUCUGUAUAUUUUGUUUUAUAAUUUAUCAAGUCCUCGCUUCAUUUAUGCAGUAUGUCAUGUGCCUUCCGUUUGGUCUGGUUUUGGUUCAGUUUCACUCCCAUUUCACAUUUGUAAAAGCAUAUUUUUUUCACCAUUAAUGGUCAUAAUGCUUCAUCCA